AUGUUUGUGGAUUCGUUAAAGAAACGAAUAUACCAUAUAAUAGUAAAAAAUAAUUUUAUAAGAAAAGAUGAAAAUAAAGAAAAUAAUUUAAAAAAUGUUUUAAGUAAUUGUUCAUUAAUUGAAAGUUUGUUGAGAAAAGAAUUUCAAGAAUAUAGACGAUCACCGAAAAAUAAAUUAUAUGGGCUAAUUAUGAAUGUAAUAAAAAAGAGUUUAUUUGUGAACUAUGAUAAAUUUAUGAUUAAAUAUAUUAAUAAAAAGAAAAAAAAGAAGAUGAAGCUUAAUAAUAAUUGUGCACUUAAUAAUGAACAUAAUAAUAAUUUUAUAUAUGACACUAAUCAUAUUAUAAGUAAUGAUAUUACAACAUGUGAUAUUUUGAAUGAAGCACAAAAUAAUCAUUCAACAAUAUUAAAUAAUAAUAAUAAUAAUAAUGAUGAUGAUAGUAUUAAUUAUACCAAUAAAAAUGAAUAUAACAAGAAUGAUAUGGAACAUCAAAAUAUUCAUGGUGAUGACUAUAAUGAUGUAUUAUUAAAUGAGAAAGAUCUAAAUGCUUGUAAUGAAUAUAUUAAAAACAAUAUAUUGAAAAACAAGAAGAAAUUAAAAAAUAUAGAAGGGAAGUUAAAAGAUGAAAAAAAUGUACAUAGUCAUUUAACAAAUGAAAAAAUUAAUGAAAAUAUAAAUAAUAUGAAAGAUGAACAUAAUAAAAGUUCAUUGAAUAAUUCAAAUAAAAUAAUUAAUUGUAUAACAUCUAAUAAAACAUUAAAUGAUUUUAAGGGAAUAAAAAAUAUUAAAAAAGAUAUACUUUAUAGUAUUAUAUAUCCAUAUAAAUUUCGACCAUCAAAUUUAAAUUGUAUUAUAAAUAUUUUUGGUAGCAGUGGGACAGGUAAAACUACACUUUCAUAUUCUAUUGCAGGUGAAUGUGAAUGUCCUUUUUUUUAUAUAAAAUUACCUGAAUAUAUAAGAUAUAUAUCAAAUGAUAACAAAAAUAAUAAAUUAAAAAUUAUUUUUGAACAUAUAAAAAAUGAAUAUGAUAAAGCAAUAUUAUGUAUUGAUGAUAUAGAUAUCAUAUUUUCAUCUAAAGAUGAUUCAACUGAUUUAUAUUUAUUUACAUAUUUAUUAAAUAUUUUUCAUAAUUCAAAUAUUAUUGUACUCUUAUUAAGUAUUAAUAAACCAAAUGAUAGUAUAUUAUACUCCAAAAUUCAAAAGUUUAUUACGCUACCUAUACCUACAUAUGAUGACCGUAUUGAAAUACUUCAACAAGCAUCUUCUGAAUAUUCUUUAUCAUUUGAUAUAUCAUAUACUGCUUCAAUUACAUAUGGUUUCAAAAGAGGAGAGAUAUUUGAUAUAAUGAAAGAAUCUUUAAAUUUGUAUAUAUAUAAUAAUUUAAUAACAAAGGAUCUAAACAUUAAUGAUAUGAUAAAAAAUCAAGUAGAUCAUAUUUCAAAAAAUUGUCAAAAUAUAAAUAAAAUCGAUUGUAAUGAAAAUGGAGUGGUCAAUCAAAAAAGUCAUCAUAUUAUUAAUAAGAUAAAUAAUGAUGAUAAUGCAUCCGUUUGUGGAUACACAAAGACAGAUAAUGAUUUUUUAAAAAAUGAAAAUAUAAGUAAUUAUGAAGAACUAAAAAAAAAUGAUCAAUUAGAAUCACACGAACAAAACAUAUUGACGACUUCUACUAAAUCAAAUGAUGAAAAUAAUAUCGUGUCAACAGAUAUGUCUCCGGAGUUAUCCAACGAUUCAUCUUGUUUUAAUAACCAGAAGAAUCACAAUUUGAAAGAAAUAAAUCAUAAAAGAAAAUACAAUACAUUUUUAUCUUCAUUAGACGAAUGGACCAUUAUUGAAGGAGAAGCAGAAAAAAGAAAGAUUCAAAAGAUCAUAAAAAUUAACAAUGAUAUAAUAUUUGAAAGUGUAAAUAAUAUAAAGAAAAAGAUGACAAAUGAAAAUAUAUGUGAAGUUCCAAAUAUUAAUUUGGAUAAUAUUGGAUCGUUAAAAAAAAUAAAGAAAAUAUUAGAAAGCAAAUUUAUAUUACCUGUAAAAUAUAGUAAUAUAUAUAAACAUCUAGGUAUAAAUAAAAGUAUGGGAAUAUUAUUAUAUGGUCCUCCUGGGUGUGGGAAAACAAUGCUUGCUAAAGCUAUAAGUAAUGAAAUGAAAGCCAACUUUAUAGCUAUUAAAGGACCAGAAAUAUUAAAUAAAUAUGUUGGUGAAAGUGAGAAAAAGGUUCGUGAAAUUUUUUCAUAUGCAUCUGUAUAUAAACCAUGUUUAAUAUUUUUUGAUGAAAUUGAUAGUAUUUGUAUUAAUAGAUCAAAUAAUAAAUCAGUAUCUGCAUCUGAUAGAGUAGUAAAUCAAUUAUUAUCAGAAAUGGAUGGAUUAUCACAAAGAGAAGGUGUUUAUAUUAUAGCAACAACAAACAGACCUGAUAUUAUUGAUAAAGCAUUACUAAGAAGUGGACGAUUUGAUCAACUUAUUUAUAUUUCAUUACCUAAAUAUCAAGGAAGAGUUGAUAUUUUAAAAAAGCUUUCCAAAAAUAUGCCCAUAGAUAAAAAUGUGAGUUUUGAAAAAAUAUCAAAAUUGACUAGAGGAUAUAGUGGUGCUGAUUUAUAUGGAGUAUUAAGAGAAAGUGCUUUUAUAGCUUUACAAGAAUGUAGGGAUAAAAUAGAUAUUCAAAAUUCAAGUAAUCUAAAAAUUAAUAAUGUAUAUAUUAAUGAUAUAUAUAAAAAUACGCAUCAACAAAUGAAUAAGGAUACAAACGUAGUAGUAAAUAUUAUGAAUGAACACAUGAAUAUUCAACAAAAUAAUUUUAUAAAACAAGAUUCUACUAUUCUUUUGACCAAUAAUAUGAAUAACAAUAAGGUGGAUAAUAUUCAUACUAUUCAUAAUUAUGACAAUAUUAAAUCUAAUUCAUAUAUAACAAAUAAAAAAUUAUCUCAUGAUACAAAUGUUUCAAUUGAUAGUAAUAGAAAAGCAGAUAUACUACAUGAUAAUGUUGAUAACAACAAUGAGUUGUCAAAAGGGGGGAAUAACAUGAAUCAAUUGAAUCAAAAAAAUAUUGAUAAUAUUGUAAAAAUAAGUGAAAAUUAUACAAACCAAUAUAAUACAAGUAAUAAUAUAAAUGCUCAUAAAGUUUCAAAUAAUAAUAUUAUGAAUAUUCAAAUGUUGGACAUUAACAUAAAUCAUAAUAAUUUAAACAAUUCAAAUUAUAAUAAAAUGAAUGAAGAAAUUCCAAGUAGUGAUAACAAAAAUAAACAUGUAUCAUUUAAUGACCAUCAAAAUGUGUUUAGUACAAAUAAUUUUUGUAACAAUGAAAAUAUUAUAAAAUUAGAAUAUAAUAAUAAUAUGGAACAACAACAAAAGGACUAUAAUAAAUUCUCACAUAAUAAUAUCUUGUCAACAAAAAAUAAUCAAUUAAAUGAAAAAGAGAAAAAUAAUUUAAUUUAUGAAUAUAUUCAAAAAAAUAAAAAUAUAUUAACUAUAACGCAAAAACAUAUCAUCCAAGCAAUUAAAAUUAUACCAAGAAGUGUAACAAAAGAACAAAUAAAAUAUUAUAAGGAAAUAUGUAAAAAGUUUAAAUGA